CGGAGUUGUUGCCGAUUCGCGAGUAUAAAUGCAAAUACGGAUGCCGGAAGGCUUACAAGAAUCGCAUGCCUUACAUUUCGCACUUGCAGAAGAUGCAUGGGGAUGUCAUCAAGGAUAUAUAUCAAUACUAUCAAUGCCCCGACCUAGACUGCGAUUAUCGGAGUGACGGUCUGCACAAGGUGCGGAAACAUUAUCAAAACUGCCACAUCGAGAAGCAGAUAAAGUGUGGAGAUUGUGGUCGAACCUUCCUCAUGAUGUCGCAGUUGUCGAAGCACAGAUGCGGAUUCCAAAAGUACACUUGCCUCACGUGCCCCAGUACUUUUCAGAGUCUGUGUAUGCGCAAUAGGCAUGUGCAACUGUGCAUUAGAAAACGGGCAAAUUAUCCUAAGUUGUCAAUGAAGGAAACCAAGGACAAAACUUUCGAAAACGAUAAAGAAAAUCAAUCUCUAAAGUCUAAAGUGCAUUUGAAAUUCAACGCAGAAGAGAAGGAGAAGCAUUUAAAAGCCAAUGAUGACAUAACUAUCGAGGAAAUCCAGCAACUAAUGCGUAAUAUUGAGAACAAUAUCGUCACAGACACCGCCUUGAUCAAUGAGCUCGCCAAAUUGACCCCAGUGCUGCUGAGAUUGCAAUCGGGCAACUGAAUUGAAUUUUAAUUGCUUUGUAUGCUCUUGCUUGGGGAUUUAUUUUAUUUCAAUUUAUUUAAGGAUAAGUGAGGAUCUAUCUUUUGUUGCUGUACAGGAACUAUCUAUUA